GCGUCGGUCGUGGCGUAACCCAGGAGAGGGGCGGGGUCUUCGCCGCGUCACCGCAGGGGCCGCGUCUGAUUGGCUACGUCGCUCGGUAGAGGGGCGGGCCUGAAGGGGGAAGGCGGUUGACGUAAGGUGCGGUGUGGGCAUGCGCGGUGACCGACGUCAACCCCCGUGGCUUUAUGAAAGACCCUGAAAAUCCCUCCAUCUCUCUCCCGUUUGGCAGCUGCGUCUUCAAAACCUUGAAAGGAGGGUGUCCGUCCCCCGGAGGAACUUGCCUUUGAAGACGGUCGCAUCUCGUCGCCGCGUCCCGGAGCUCUCUCUCUCUCUCGUCCCCCGACUCCUCUCACCCUCCUCGCCGAAGCUUAGACAACACACACAAAAACCACGGGGACGAGCCGACGCACGCAACACUAGCCGAGAAGGAAGGAAGGAAGGAAGGAAGGGAAGUGGGCUCCGUCUCCUCUUUUUUUAUCAGGCAGAUGCUCCCAGCCGCCCAGCUUGACAGGAGUGAUGGGAUGUGUCAACUAGUUGAGGCCGUCCCGGACAAUGUGAUCGGACUGAAGGCUUCAUCUGCAUUGUCCACACCAGAGCGAGACCGAGGAGGGACGGCGAGAGAGGACGAGGAAGAGGAGGAGGAGAGCAUCAUAGGCACGAGGAUGGGCGUAGGAAAGAAUACCACGUCCAAGUCGAUGGACAGCAGCAGCGAGGGAGGAAAAUAUGAAGAGGAGGGAAAACACGGUGCAGAUUUCUACCCUAUCCCGGUGGUGGUGAAUGGAGUUGGCGGCGCCACCGGAGACCAGGAUACGGAGAACACGGAGCUGAUGGCCAUCUACACCAAGGAGAAUCAAGUAGCAGAAAAGAGCUCGAUGUCUGAGACACUGGACAGCACAGACAGUAUUGACGCAAGGAGGAUGGAUAUGAUCUACACCAUUGAAGACACUCCUCCCUGGUACCUGUGUGUGUUCUUAGGUCUACAGCACUACUUGACAUGUUUCAGUGGAACCAUCGCGGUGCCGUUCCUCCUCGCCGAGGCCAUGUGCGUCGGCUUCGACCAGUGGGCCACCAGUCAGCUCAUAGGGACCAUCUUCUUCUGUGUGGGGAUCACCACGCUGCUACAGACCACGCUGGGCUGCAGGUUACCUCUGUUCCAGGCCAGUGCUUUCGCCUUCCUCGCACCCGCCAGAGCCAUCCUGUCCCUGGACAAAUGGAAGUGCAACAGCACAGUGGUUCCAAUGCUCAACAGCACGGAGCUCUUCAACACGGAGCACAUCUGGCACCCCAGGAUACGAGAGAUCCAAGGGGCCAUCAUCGUGUCGUCCCUGAUUGAAGUGUGCAUCGGGGCGCUGGGUCUGCCGGGCCUCCUGCUGAAGUACAUCGGACCUCUGACCAUCACUCCCACCGUGGCUCUCAUUGGCCUCUCUGGUUUCCAGGCUGCAGGGGAGAGAGCCGGAAAACACUGGGGCAUCGCUAUGCUCACUAUCUUCCUGGUGCUGCUCUUCUCUCAGUACGCCAGAAACGUUCACUUUCCUCUGCCCGUCUACAAAGCCAAGAAGGGCUGGACUUCCUACAGGCUGCAGGUCUUCAAAAUGUUUCCUAUCAUAAUGGCCAUCCUGGUGUCGUGGCUGCUGUGUUUCAUUUUUACUGUGACCGACGUUUUCCCUCCAGAGAAGGACAAGUACGGUUUCUACGCCCGCACAGAUGCACGUCAGGGAAUCCUGGCGGCGGCGCCGUGGUUCAAAAUCCCUUAUCCCUUCCAGUGGGGCUUUCCCACCGUCACGGCUGCAGGCGUGAUCGGCAUGAUGAGCGCCGUGGUGGCGAGCAUCAUCGAGUCGAUCGGAGACUACUACGCCUGCGCUCGCCUGUCCUGCGCCCCUCCGCCUCCGAUCCACGCCAUCAACCGGGGGAUAUUCGUUGAGGGAAUUUCCUGCGUGCUGGAUGGUCUUUUUGGGACAGGAAAUGGCUCCACCUCGUCCAGUCCAAAUAUAGGCGUGCUGGGAAUCACCAAGGUGGGCAGCAGACGCGUGAUCCAGUACGGCGCCGCCAUGAUGCUGCUGCUCGGCCUCGUGGGUAAAUUCAGCGCCCUGUUUGCCUCUCUGCCCGACCCGGUCCUGGGAGCUCUGUUCUGCACCUUGUUUGGUAUGAUCACGGCGGUGGGACUGUCCAACCUGCAGUUCGUCGACCUCAACUCCUCCAGGAACCUCUUCGUCUUGGGCUUCUCCAUCUUCUUCGGCCUGAUGCUGCCGAGCUACCUCAAACAGAACCCGCUGGUCACCGGCAUCGUUGGAGUCGACCAAGUACUGAACGUCCUGCUCACCACUGCCAUGUUUGUUGGAGGUUCUGUCGCCUUUAUUUUGGACAAUACUAUCCCAGGUACCCCUGAAGAGCGAGGCAUCAGGAAGCUGAAACGUGGCACUGGCCUCAGUGCGGCAGAACUGGAAGGGAUGAGAUCUUACGAUCUGCCUUUCGGGAUGGACUUCAUCCGCCGAUACCCAGUCUUCAAGUACCUCCCCAUCAGCCCUGUGUUCACAGGCUACCAGUGGGGGAGGUUAAAGGAGGCCGGCAGGUGCCGAAUGGGACACGGGGAUGUGGUGGAGGGAGGCACGGCUCCUGGGGAGAGCGGGGUAUAGCCAACGGGCCGGAGGAAGCUUAAAAACGGGGAGCAGGGGAUGGUACACUGAUUAAAAAAAAGUGAUGGGAGAGUGAAGGACAGAAGCGGCGCAGGAUUGUGUGUGAUGCACCCACCCUCCCCCAGUCAGUGUGUUGCUUGUUUUCUCUUAGCUCGUCUCUUGUCUUUUCCCACUUCCCGCUAUGCUAUUUUUAAGCAUGCUAUAGCAAGUCACAGCAUGCAGUAAAAGAUGCCACCACGCGGAGGUCGGGUUGGUGUGCGUGCAUGUGUGCACAGGGAAAGAUGGGCGGUUUCGGCGCGUUGAUUUCAUCGCACCUCCGCCCACCAGAAGGAGACAGGUGGACGUCAGACGGCGAAUGUUUGAUGGUUCACUGGCUUCGUAAUCGCUGCUAACUUUCACCAUUUUUUAUAAAACAUUACCUUACUAAAAAAGCACAGUAGACUGGAUCAAUAAACAAAUCAUCCGCCUCUAGACCUUAUGCAACCACAUUAGAGGCACACGUGCGCACACACCGGCCGCCUCACAAGACGAGCGCUACAAUGCACGACACUGGGGUUAUGCAGUUAGAUGGAAGUAGUUCGUCCGGUGCCCUUAGCCAUGCAAAGUGACUGUGAGAUUUAUUUCUUUUUUGCACUAUCUGCCUCCUGAUUUCCAAACUAGAAUGUCAUUUCACAGCUCGCUCGCUCCCCCAACUUCCUCCGUGAAACUCGCGCAGCAGCACGUCACGCUAAAAGAACCUCACAUCCCGUUUGUUAUGUAGUAGACUGCUAAGAUCGCCGACACCUCACAUGUACAACAGCAACAACAACAACAAAAAAAAAAAAUCACUAAGAUGCCAGUUUACGUCUUUUUUUUUUUACAGUUUCAGUAUUAUGCAUCAGCUACUAACAAGACCAAAACUCUACCUGUCCUGAACGCACCCUCGUCUUAUUUGGCUUUCAAAUGAGGUUAUACAUAACUAUGGAACUAAAACAUUUUUACUUACUUUUAUCUUUUUUUUGCAUUAACCAUUGGCUGUUACGUAAUCAAACAAAAAUCUUUCGUUAUAACAUGAUGCAGAGACGGCAAAUGCUCCAGUGACGCACACAGACACGUGGCCUUGUCGGUGAAGACUUUGUGUACAUAAAUACUAAGCUUAAAUGACAAGAGAAGAGUUUAAAGGGUCACUUGUGUUCUGCUUUUAGCGUUAAUGUGCGUUAACUUAGGAUUUAUAAAAGCUUUUAAAUUGCACUUCACAAAAAUGCUUCACAUCUGCCGUGAUCCAAACCCACACAUAUUCAGGAUUGUUGUACAAUAAUAAGAAAUCUAAUGAGGGGAGGGUUUGGACAGUUCUUCCAUGUUCCCACAGAUAGUGCUUUCUGUGUUUUUUCUUUUUGCACCAGUCGAUCGUGAAUUCUGCUGACGUCGUUAACAGUUUACACUUGUUAAAAGGUGUUAAUGACUUUUCCCUCACAUUCCUCCUCCUCCUCCUCCUCCUCUUCCCAUCCCCAGUCAUCAUCUGCACACCUUCAACCUCUCAACUGCUGACACUCGUUUCUGUUUUGUCCUGCUUAGUUCGGGAUGUGUCGGCACAUUUGUCCGAGCAACACAACGUUUAAAGAGCACCAGCAGCCUGUACGAGAAAUCCCUCAUUCGACCCACACUGCGUGCCUCCGCUGCUGUAACUAAAAAAAACACAGCAGUUUAAAAAAAAAAAGAGUUUGCAACAAAAUAAUCUUGAUAAAAUUAGAAAGACGUAUUUUUACUGAACCAAAAAAGCUCUUAAUUUGUAUUUCUUCUUACUGUUGCCCUAAACCAAAACUGGAAGCAUCGGCUCCAUGUUGCUACUGAGAAAAUUAGUUUGAACUCCCAAAUUUUCCCUCCUUUUUUUUUUCUUUUGUUAAAUCUAUUUAUUUAUUUAUAAGAAGAAAGCUGUUCCUUGCACAAUGUUGAAAGUGUAUUUUUCAGUUUACGUGCUCGUGCCCUGUAAAGACUGGUGUGACGACGUCAAACCCACUCCCCCAACUUUGCCCUUCGGCUACAAUCUGAAACUAGGACCGUAGCUUUGAUGUGAGAUGAAACUAUCUGCUUCUCAUUCAUUCCAUUUAUACUGUGCUUUGUUUUUUAAAAUCAAGAGGAAAAAAACUACUUAAGACGUCAGGGCCUUUUUUUUUUUGUUGUUUGUUUUUAAAGUACAGUUUGCACAUUGUAAUGGUGCCAAGAAGAAGAAGAAGAAGAAGAUCAGGGUCGGGGUGAGACAUUCUCACUAACCUGGAACCCUAAAAGUGCUUAAUCCAGAUUACACUCAAGUGUGAACAUGUCUUGUGGAUGAACAGCUCUGAUAGCAUGUCCCCAUUUUUUGUUACGCAUGCUAUCGUGACUCAGCCACAUCUUUCAUUUCUUUCCUUUUAUCCAGCGUUGAGCUUUUCCUGUUAUAAAAAUCAAUGUUAAAAUACAAUAUUUCCACAGACUCUGUAGCUGCUAAGUCCGGUAUGUGCUCCGACCACUCGCACAUCAGAACUGGUGACCCUGUUUUCACUCUUAUCAAAAUGCAGUAUGCAAUAAAGAAACAUAAUUCCCAAUUACAGACGAAUGAGAGUGUGGAAAUGUUGUAUUUAAACAGUGUUCUCACCAGUUAUACAGCUAUAUGAAUACUAAUAGGAUAGAGAGAAACCUAAAGAGUGCUGAAUCACAAAACGAAAGGCCAUACUGUUCUAGCUGAAGACCAUCAGUGUGAGUAGAAACACUGUAUCUUUGCGUCCUGCAUCUACUCAGAGCUGGAAGGUAGUUUGGGGCUUUUAUUUAUUAAGAAAUAAUAAUUUGCCACCUCUUCCUCAUGAAUUCUUCAGUCCAUCGUGGCAUGCACACAUGAUAACCACACGCACAACCUUUGCCCUCUCUACGUCACAGCACAUCCUCCCAUCCGUCUCCUCACAUUCUGACUCGCGUCCUCGCAGUGAAAAUCCACCCGCGUCCUCUCCAUGUUUAGUGUACCUGGUUUUCUCCCCCGGGGAAAUUCUUACCGUUGAUGUUUCUGGAUGCAGGAGGAAACACCGGCUGGCCACCUCCGUUAAGACCCCCUCGGUCCGAUUGGCAGCUGAGCGAAGCCGCCUUAAUCGCUUCACGUUGACGUUGGACGUCUUUGUGCCUAAAGGCGACUUCCUCUUAGUUUUUAUUGAACUUUAUCUCCUGUUUCAGGUUUGAUACGCAUUCAUCUCUCACAUAGUUGUUACAGACUUGUCCCAGUUACGAUAAAAAAAAAAAUGGUUUCACAGCUUGAGUUCAAGUCGGUCUGGCCAACAGUCGGUUCUUAAGGGGGUGGCCAAAAGGUGUGUAACACAAAGACAUCAAUCCCUUUCAGUUAUUUUGAAAGGGGCCGCUAUCUGAAAAAUAUACUUCUGUGUAUUAAGUGUUUAAUCUUUUUCAAUGUUUUUUUAUACAUUGUUUUUAUGUUUUUGCAAGCAAAUAUUUGUAAGAAACAAAUUAUACCUUUUAAUCUUAAAUCAUGCUGGAAAGCGCACCAUUUCUUUCUUUUAUUUAAAAAAAAAAAGAAAUAAGUAAAUACAUUUUAAACCUGUUUUGAAUCUGUGGUUUGGUGGAAUCUUUUGUUCGUUAGGACCUUUUCAUAUUGUAUUUUUUUACUCUAACAUUGCUUUCUGUCUAUGUUAACACAUUACCAGUAUAAAUCAAAGAAAGAAACUUUAAAUAGAUGUAAAAACAGACAAACAAACAAAAAAAAUGUAUAUUUAAUGGAGUAAAGUUUGCUAAACAUUCUGGACAAUAAGUGUGAACUGAUUGUAGCAACAAAAUGUUUUAUUCUCUGUUCCUAAAAAUUAUUUAUUAAGAUGUUACAGAAUGAA